AGCGCUAAGUGUACCUACCUACUUUAUCUAUCCGAUGUUUAAAAAUGAUUUACGCCCGCGUUUUUUUUGGCUGCGAUCCCACGAGAAUAUGUCAGUGCAGAACACUUGUAAGAAAAAGUUAGUCAGAUGAUGUGUUUCAAAACGUCAACUACGAGUAGACAAAUACAAUGCAUAAUGCCAAUGUGCUGUAUAUUUUUAUGAUAAUAGGGCUUAGCCCGUGUUUAGUGCAUAAUAGAGACAAAGAUUUUGAAAAACACGAUGUCAAAAUUUUGGGAUUAUUCGGGCCCGAAGACGAAGAAGAAAUGUUCGUAUUCAGACGAGCGGUCGAAGAUGCGAAUACAGAAUUGAAACGAACGCAAUGGAACUUGAUAGGUGACGUUAUUUAUUUGGAAACGUACGACAGUUUUGCUUUAAGCAAUCUUCUAUGCGAUAAACUGCAACAAUCGCCUGGUUACGGAGCGAUUUUCGGGCCCGACAAUUCAGACAUCACCAAUAUCGUCAGAUCGAUUACAUCCACCAAAAAAAUACCUCACAUCGACACCAGAUGGGACACGUCUUACUCGGAGGCUUCCGAAAUUUACAUAAAUUUGUACCCGGAAUCGAGCAAAUUAGCAAAAGCGAUCGGUAAAGUUCUACAGGACAUGGAUUGGGAAACGUUCACUCUGAUUUACGAAACUCCCGAAAGUUUAAUCAAUUUACAAGAGGUUCUGAAAGAGAAAAUGGGCCGAUCUUUGUACGAAAGACCGACAGUAAUUAUGAAACAGUUACCCGAACAAGAAGAUGAUUAUAAACCGUUUUUGAAAGAAAUAAAAAAUUCGUCCGAAACGCAUAUCAUGUUGCAUUGUUCGCCGGAAAGCAUCGUUCGUAUUUUGGAAAAAGCAAAACAGAUCGAUUUGGUGGGGCCGUAUCAAAACUUUUUCCUCACUUCUUUGGACGCGCACACUAUUGAUUUUAAACAGUUUCGAACAACAUCGAACAUAUCGAAAAGUCAAGCAAACAUCACAACUUUACGAUUGGUUAAUCCAGAAAACGUCGUGGUCAAAGAAACUGUUCAAAAAUGGUACAGACGGAAAAUUGAGCCCACUGAAAAAAUGAUCAAUAUCACAGAGUAUACGAUAAAGACUGAUACGGCUAUGAUGCACGAUGCCAUUAUUUUGUUCACUCAAGCUUUAAAAGACAUGCCCAGAAAUUUCACAACCGACAUAAUAUCGUGUAAUUUUCCCGAAUCUACUUGGGAACAAGGUCCGCAGAUAAUGAACAAAAUGAAAUCUAUCGAAUUUGAAGGAUUGACUGGUGAGAUGGAAUACGAAACGAAUGGAAAACGCAAAUAUUUCGCUUUGGAAAUAAUCGAAGCAACCACAGACCGUUUUAGAGUCUUAGGAUCUUACGAUCCGCUUCGAGAAAUCCGGCAUUCUCGAAACGCGUCCGAAAUACAAAAGGAAAGCAGCCUAUCGAUAGCUAAUAAAACCUUGAGAGUCGUAUCGAAGAUCGUAGCUCCGUAUCUCACAUAUGUGAAUGAAAGCGACAAAGUUGGCAAUGACAGAUUUCAAGGAUUUUGUAAAGAUCUGCUCCACGAGCUGUCUGAAUUGCUCAAAUUUGAUUAUAUUUUAGAAAUCCCUGCUAAUACGGAAGCCGGUGUGCUGAAUCGAGAAACGGGACGUUAUUCGGGUUUAAUCGGCGAACUCCGAGAAUUGAGAGCUGAUUUAGCAAUUUGCGAUUUUACCAUAACACCGGAGAGAAAGAAAGCGGUAGAUUUUACAGCGCCUUUCAUGUCUAUAGGUACGAAGGGUAUACCAAACACUCAAAUAGGCAUAGGAAUCCUGUAUAGUGUCACCCCAGCCAAAGAGACGAGUUAUUUUUCGUUUUUGGAUCCUUUCGAUCACACCGUGUGGAUAUACGUGGUAACGGCAUUUCUCGCUUUAUCGAUCGUUAAAUACAUUAUCGCGAGAUGUUCGCCGUACGAAUGGGAAGGUGAACAUUCCUGCGAUCAAGAACCCGAGGAAUUGGAAAAUGCGUGGAAUUUGAGAACGACACUGUGGUUUGGAUUAGGUUCGCUAUUGACGCAGGGUUGCGAUAUUUUACCAAAAGGUGUUUCUGCUCGUAUAACCGCGAGCGCGUGGUGGUUUUUCGCUUUAAUCAUAACUUCGACGUAUACGGCUAAUUUGGCCGCAUUUUUGACCACUCAACGAAUGGAAUCGCCGAUUAAAAACGUCGAAGAUUUGGCUAACCAAGACGCUGUGAAAUACGGAUGCGUACAAAAAGGAGCGACAUUCGAAUUCUUUAAAAAUACAAACGAUAGUUUAUAUCAACGUAUGUGGGCCACCAUGGAAUCGGCGAAUCCUUCCGUUUUCACCGAAAACAACGAUAAGGGCGUAGAAAGAGUGAUGAAUUCGCGACAUAAGUACGCAUUUUUUAUGGAAUCGUCUUCUAUAAAGUUUGAAAUUCAAACCAAGUGCGGUUUAACUCAGAUCGGCUCUUUACUAGAUUCGAAAUUUUACGGUAUCGCUUUACCGAUGUCUUCCAGCUAUAAAGACGCGCUGAGUGGCGGAAUUCUAGCAUUGAAGGAAAAUUCUAAGCUGGAAGAAAUACACAGCAGAUGGUGGACUACUCCUGAAGAUAAGCAUUGCGAAGAUCUGGCCGAAGUAGAUGACGCGGAAAAAGAUAAACUGGGCAUAGCCAACGUCGGAGGAGUUUUCUUACUUUUGAUUUUGGGUUGCGGGUUCGCUUUCUUCAUGGCCAUCUUGGAAUUUUUAUGGAAUGUUCGUAAAGUCGCAGUCAGGGAGAGAAUCACACUAUCUGACGCAUUUUGGCUGGAAGUGAAAUUCGCCUUCAAAUGCAACAGAUCGACAAAACCCAUUCGACAUACGCCUCAGUCAAACGCAUUGGGAACGCCGUUAAGUGUAUCGCAAAUCGGUUUCAUUAAUCGUAACUUAUAAUAUUCACCUUACGUAGACGACGCGACGUACAGGCAAAAUGGCAUACGACUUGAUCGAUAGCAGUUCCAGGUUCCAGCACUAGCAGGCGAAUCGAGAUAACCAAAAUUCGCUUCACCUUUCUCUGAAUUUUCAAUAAGUACAUAUGAUAGGUUAAUUUGCGUUGGUAAUUGCCUAGCUAACAUAUCUACUUAUGUACUCGGAUUUCUCUCCAAUGUUGAAAAAAUAAAAUAAAAUUCAAAAAAAUGCUCAA